AUGACCUCACCACCAGUCACUAUGACACCACCACCAAUCAACAUGACGUCUCCACCUUCAGUCAACAUGACUUCACCACCAGUCAUCAAGACAUCACCACCAUUCAGCAUGACCUUACCACCAGUCAACAUGACAUCACCACCAUCAAUCAACAUGACGUCUCCACCUUCAGUCAACAUGACCUCACCACCAGUCAACAUGACAUUACCUCCAAUCAACAUGACCUCACCAACACUCAACAUUACAUCUCCACCAAUCAACGUGACCUCACCACCAGUCAAGCAACCAGUUACCAUGAUAUCAACACCACCAGUUAACAUGACCUCACCACCAGUUAACUUGCUUGAUGCUGUCUAUUCGGAAGAAUAUGGAGACAGAUUCGUUGGAACUAAGAUCAUCUCUUUCAGUAAAGGAUCAGUUGUUGUAGAGGCUGAGCUUCAGUUCAAAAAUACCAGCUCAGUGCCAGAAACUACUGCUGCGGAAAAUGUUCUGGUGGAUGAAGCAACCAACAAUCCCAACUUCUCUCUUUCAAUUAACACAUCAAGCAUUGUUAUAACAGAAAUUGCUACACCAACAACAAGCCCAGCAACUGUUACAACUGUGCCUAUCACUUCAGCUGCCAAUGUCACAGUUGCUACAACUGCUGCAACCUAUGUUCCAACUGGCUCUACAGUCAACAUGACCUCACCACCAGUCACUAUGACACCACCACCAAUCAACAUGACGUCUCCACCUUCAGUCAACAUGACUUCACCACCAGUCAUCAAGACAUCACCACCAUUCAGCAUGACCUUACCACCAGUCAACAUGACAUCACCACCACCAAUCAACAUGACGUCUCCACCUUCAGUCAACAUGACCUCACCACCAGUCAACAUGACAUUACCUCCAAUCAACAUGACCUCACCAACACUCAACAUUACAUCUCCACCAAUCAACGUGACCUCACCACCAGUCAACAUUGAUGCUGUCUAUUCGGAAGAAUACGGAGACAGAUUCAUCGGGACUAAGAUCAUCUCUUUCAGUUGCCCCUACCAGCGCCCCAACAGCUGGUCCUACCCCUACAGUUGCCCCUACCAGCACCCCAAAAGCUGGUCCUACCCCUACAGUUGCCCCUACCAGCACCCCAACGGCUGGUCUGACCCCUACAGUUGCCCCUACCAGUGCCCCAACAGCUGGUCCUACCCCUACAGUUGCCCCUACCAGCGCCACAACGGCUGGUCCAACCCCUACAGUUGCCCCUACCAUUGCCCCUACCAGUGCCCCAACAGCUGGUCCUACCCCUACAGUUGCCCCUACCAGCGCCCCAACGGCUGGUCUGACCCCUACAGUUGCCCCUACCAGUGCCCCAACAGCUGGUCCUACCCCUACAGUUGCCCCUACCAGCGCCACAACUGCUGGUCCAACCCCUUCAGUUGCCCCUACCAGUGCCCCAACAGCUGGUCCCAGCUCUACAGCUACUACAACUACUGCAACUACUACUACCACUCCUGGAACUACUACAACUACUGCAACUACUACUACCAUUCCUCUCCUGCAACUACUACAACUACUGCAACUACUGCAACUACAACGUCCACCACUGCAUCAACAGAUCCUCCCUCAUCUAGUGAGGGAUCACUUGGCCUUACCUUUAGUCUGAACCGAACAUUUACAUCAGAUCUAUCCAACUCAUCCUCAACAGCGUUCUCGACUUUAGCUUGGAAAGUGGUCACUGUGCUAAAUGAAGCAGGGACAAAGAAUUAUGGAGCAUCUUACCUUCGCUCCUUAGUUAAUUCAUUCAGUGAAGGAUCCGUGAUUGUCGAAUCAACGCUUGUGUUCAGCGAUAAAGACUCUGUUCCCUCAGUGAGUGAUGUAACUUCACAAUUCAGCAAGGAACUUGCCAGCUCUACCUCUCUGAACGUUAUACAGGGCUCCGUUUUUGCACACUCAACAUCAAAGAGUGCACCUCAGCGCACUGAGGCCUCAUUGGCAUUCUUCUCAGUAACACUGCUGGCUGUGGCACAGAUGCUCAUCAACUUGUAA